AUGUCCUCUACUAAUCCGUCGGGCUUGUCCCUUGGCAACCCCGGUACGGGACCCUUUUAUGUUGGUGUGGAUGUUGGCACUGGCUCCGCGCGCGCAGCGGUGGUGGACCCCGCAGGUGCGAUCCUCGGCCUUGCUGAGAAACCCAUCUCUCGCCAUGAGCUCCGAGCGAACCACAUCACGCAGUCCACAACCGAAAUCUGGGAUGCGAUCUGCUUCUGUGUUCGUCUGGCUGUCGUGCAGGCGAACGUGGAUCCCGUCUACGUCCAUGGUAUCGGCUUCGAUGCCACAUGCUCGCUUGUGGCAAUCGACCACGACGACAUGCCGGUGGCCGUGGGCCCAGACUUUUCCGACGCCGCGCAGAACGUCAUCCUCUGGAUGGACCACCGCGCGCACAAGGAAACCGACACCAUCAACGCCACGGGCGACGUCUGUCUCAAGUACGUAGGCGGCUCUAUGUCCAUUGAGAUGGAAAUGCCCAAAAUCAUGUGGCUCCAGGCUAACGUCGCACCAAACGUGUUUGCCCAGAUGAAGUUCUACGACCUCCCAGACUUUCUCACUCACCGCGCGACAGGGUCCGAGGCGCGGUCCUAUUGUUCCGCCGUGUGCAAGCAAGGGUUUGUGCCGCCGGGUGUAGACGGCUCGAAGCAUGGGUGGUCACAGGAGUUUCUCGAGGCGAUUGGUCUCGGCGAGCUUGUGGCUAACGGGUUUGCGCAGCUUGGUGGCUCCCCGGGGCUAGGCGGAACGUACCUCCAUGCGGGUGAGACGGUUGGCACGCUCAGUGAGGCCGCCGCUGCCGAGCUUGGAUUGUCACCAGGGUGCCGGGUUGGCUCGGGGGUGAUUGAUGCGUAUGCUGGGUGGAUUGGAACGGUUGCGGCGAGCGAUGACACGAGCAGCGUCGUGAACGGCGCGACUAGCGGAAUUGCCCAAUCCUGUGGCCGUCUCGCGGCCGUCGCCGGCACUCUGACAUGCCACAUUGCCAUGUCUGCCUCUCCCCUCUUUGUCCCCGGCGUCUGGGGCCCGUACCGCGACGUCAUCGCGCCCGGCUUCUGGCUUGCGGAAGGCGGCCAGUCGUGCACCGGUGCGCUUCUCGCGCACGUGCUUGCGACUCACCCCGCGUAUGCGGAGCUCACGACCGCCGCGGACAUCUCCAAUAUCUCCAAGUUCGACUUCCUCAAUAACCGCCUCGAGGACAUGACCAAGGCAACCGGUACGCGCUCCGUCGUUGCGCUCGCGAAGCACUUGUUCUUCUAUGGCGACUAUCACGGCAACCGUUCGCCCGUUGCGGACGCACGCAUGCGCGCGGCCAUUGUUGGUCAGUCCAUGGAUGUAUCGCUCGACGACCUCGCGCUCACGUACUUUGGUGCGUGCGAGUUCAUCGCGCAGCAGACACGUCAGAUUGUUGCCGCGAUGACCGCUGCGGGCCACGCCAUUUCGCGCAUCUACAUGUCCGGUGGCCAGUGCCGCAACGGGCUCCUCAUGCGCUUGCUCGCAGACUGCACGGGCUUGCCAAUUGUCAUACCGCGGUACAUCGACGCGGCGGUGGUAUUUGGCGCGGCGUUGCUCGGGGCUGUCGCGGCGCAGGGUGUGCGCACAGAGUUGAAGGGCGUGUCCGCCACGCACGACGUCGCAAAGUCGCCGUACACCGCGCCUUCCGCAACCGCCAGCUCCACUGCACUCGCUUCCCUCGCCCCGCAAAGCGUAGGAUACCCGUUCCCGCUUACCCGCACGACAGAGGCCGAAGACGACUUCGAAGACGAGGGUCUUUCCUUUGGUGCCAAGAGACUGGCAGCUGCGAGUGGCGACGCGUUGUGGCUGGUGAUGGAGAAGAUGAGCGGGGCCGGGAAGGUGGUGGCACCGAACACGGCCGACGAUCCUGAUCGUCGGUUGUUGGACGCGAAGUAUAAGGUGUUUUUGGACUUGUGUGUGAAGCAACAGGAGUAUCGCGCAGCGAUUGAUGCGGUAGAGGCUCUUGCGUAG